AUGAUGCUCGCCCUGCCUGCCGUUGUCGCGCUGUCUUCCUGGGCCGGUGUCUUGGUCGCCGCUGCUUCGUCGUCGUCGUCGUCGCAGUCGCCGCUGGAGCAUCUCGACGGCUUGCCCUCGUACCAUUAUGGCGCUCCUAUCCAGGUCGAGUGCAUGAAUCGCAGCUCGGAGACUGGAGAGCAUAUUGAACUGGCAAACCACGAGCUGCAGUGGAUUCCCUUCCCCAACUGCAAGGAAACCGGCAAGCCGCUCGAGUUUGGCUACGGCAUCGAGGCCGAGCUGAACUGCACCAUCCCCGUCGUCUCGGAUCCCUUCUUCCACCUGCUCGAGUUCUACAUCCACAGCGACGCUCCGCUCUCCUGCCGCCUCCCCGCCCGUCCGCCCGCCCACGUCGAGGUCGUCGGCGAGAAGCCGCGCGCGCGCGAGUACAUCCCACUCGUCUUUGCUGUCGCCGGCACCCUCCAGCUUAGCCACAUGCACGUCAGCACCCACAUGAACGUGCUGCUGCACAGCACUCCCAAGCAUCACAUGCGGCCCCACGACUCGGGCGUCCUCGACUCGGCCAUUGCCUACAGCACCAGCCCCCUCAGCCACAUGGAUGGUGCCGACACGAAGCGUCUCAUCAUCGGCGACCCCUUGCCCCUGACCCUGUCCGUCCGCUGGUUCCCGACCCCGGCCCUACCCAGGACGGAGGGCAAGGUCGAGUGGCAGGGGCUCGGCGGCCACGUCUACGCUAGCACCGUCUUCUACAGUCUCGUCGCCUUCAUCGCCGGCCUGCUCAUCGCCGGCAUGUACACCCUCGGCGUCGUCCUGCCCCGUCGCCUCAGGGGGAGGGCCAUGGGCGGCGCAACGCCCCUGGGCUAUGGCCUUAACGGCGUCGGCAACGGCUGGGGGUACUCGAAGCGAAAGGACUAG